GCAGGAUGUAAGGGGACGCAAUGAGGAAGCGCGAUUUCCCGUGCUCGUGGUUUCACUUUGAUGGCCAAAGUUGUCAGCCCACACAAGAACAUGUCAUGACCACUACACCGAUUCUGUACUAAAACAUCCCCACCCCGCCGCCCGCUUUAAUCGUAACAACUUCAGAGAUUUGUUUUUUUUAUCUCGUGCGUUUGCAACAACUCAACGUGGUCGAGGCGAGGGGUCACAGGACAUCUGGACCACGCUGGACACGCACUUACGCCUGACAAUGUAUGCGCCACUGAAGCAAAGCCUCGCUCAACAAGGAUUGUUGAGACACGAUUAAUGUUGGAUCAACGCUGAAGAGGCUGGGAAGACAUUUCAAUACAGCUAAUUCGCAAAGCAAGCAACAUCAUCAUCAUGGCUAGGCGAUGCCACCUGUAUGAGGAACUUGAUAUUCAUGACAUUGACCUUCACCUGGAGGUUCCCAUUUAUGAACUUCUGCAAGAACAGCUUAAUGCCAAAUUUGCAGGGCGAGUGGAAUUUGUCAUGAACCACAAGACGUCCAAGUUGAGAAUGAAAGGAAGUGAAGAUUACAUUGGAAAUGCAACACAGUACAUUGCAUCCAGCAAUGAGCACAUUGUCAAGAGCAGGUGUAAGGUUAAUCAUUUUCUCGAGGAAUUUUUGCAGUCCACCGAUCUCGCACAGUUUUCACAAAAGCAUUUAAAAGAAAAUGGGAUCAGAGCAGUUUGUGCCAAUGAUGGUAACGGGGUGUACGUGUGGUCCCUAAAAGAUCACCUCGAAAAAGCUGAUGCCACGUUGAAAGAAGCCCUCAAAGCCUGGUCAUUCCCACUUACAGAGGAGCAUGCACGCAUUGCAAGUGGUGAAGACUGGAGCAGAUUUUUUAAACAAUUGGAACACAAGUUUUCCGUGAGCCCAAUGAGUUCGUGCAAAUUCACUUUUGAGAAAAACAGUGAUGAAUCUUUCCCUUUUAUAUACAUCGCUGGGAAUACAACCGCUGUCUAUGAAGCCGAAAGGGAGUUGGCCAACUUCUUUAAGCAGCACACCAAUGGAGAAACAAACACUUUAAAGGACAAAUCCCCAUCUGUACAAGUGAACAACCAUCUCGGACUCAACGAUGGUGCAGAGUUUAACCAGUUACAAAGUGGCGCUAUGGACAACAGCAGCCUGCACAAUAAUUAUUUUCCCUUGUAUGCAACAGUAAAUAAACUUAAAGUACUAAAGGAUGGUGCAGAGUUGAUCGAUUUCCAGGGUGGUUCUGUGGACGACGGCAGACUGAACGGUAAUGAUUACCCUUUAUAUGCAACAGUAAAUAAACGCAAAGAACUAAAGGAUGGUGAAGAGUUUGGUGAGUUACAGGUAAACAAACAUCAAGGACCGAAAGACGGUGCACGAUUCAAAGAGUUAGGAAACGGCUAUGUGGAAAUAGGUACGUUGAACUUGAACGAGGACCUUUUAUAUGCACAAGUAAACACACAUUCAGGACAAAAUGAUGACAAGCAGUUUAGAGAGCUACAAAGUGACCCUGUGAAACCACACACAAUUAAAUAUGAGCCACUGUAUGAGUGCAUUUCAUUUUCAGGAAAAGACGAACAUGAGGCUUCAAAAGAAAGUGAGGAGUUGAGUGAUUUACAAAUUGAUGCUCUUCUCUCUCACAUGAACCCCAUUUUAAAGAAUUCGUUACUGGUUACACAUAAAUUGCCAGGUGGCCGCUUCUUGCACUUGCACGUUGGAGACAUGCUGACAUUUCCUGUAGAUGCCAUGGUGAAUGCAGCAAAUGAAAAUCUCGACCACAUGGGAGGCUUAGCGAAAGCCCUGUCUGAUGCCGCAGGCCCCAGCCUCCAGAGAGAAAGCAACGGUCACGUCAAGAGGCAUGGCAAGGUCUCCUUUGGAGCAGUGGUCAUAACUGGGCCGGGCCGAUUGCCAUGCAAGAAGGUGUUCCAUGUCGUCGGGCCAAAGUGGACAAUCCGAGAAAACAGCGCCAACAACGGACAACUGGGCAUCAGUCGUCUGAACAUGGCCAUCGUGAGUGCUUUGAAAGCGGCUGACGAAGAGGGAUUUAAUUCCAUUUCCCUCCCUGCAAUAAGUAGUGGCAUUUAUGGAUUUCCUGUGCCACUGUGUGCAAAAACAAUUUACACAGCGAUAUUAGUGUACUGUGGGAAGACCAAGAACUUUCCGCACACUCUCAAUAACAUUCAUGUCAUCGAUCUGGGGGAUGAGUUUGUGAUGGAAAUGUUGAAUCUCACGCAAGAAGACAAUGAUGAUGUCAUUCUGGCGCAUGGCUUGUCCGACCACCUAGGUACAAAGCAUGGUGAUUCAAAAACCCAAGAACACAGAGGAUUCAUCGACAGUGGAUUGCCGCAAAAUCAGGGCUUUGUAAAUGACGAAGAAAAACACAGAAGCUGGGUUGCUCCAAAUACGUGCGAGAAUGAGGAAAACACAUUCAUGACGAGUGAAGGAAUAAAAGUAACAAUUGCAACUGGUAAUCUUGAAGACCAAAAGACGGACGUCAUCGUGAACACGGUGUCCCCCAAGAUGGAUCUCAGCAUGGGGAGAGUUUCAUCUGCGCUCGCUCGCAAGGGCGGGCCGGACCUCCAGGCAGCCGUGAACAAAAAAAAGAUAUUACUUUUGCAAAACCAUUUUGAGACAGAACCAACGGGUGAUUUGUCCUGCAAGAGGGUUUACCACGUGAUUCUUCAGCUUGCAUACAGGGAAAACUGCCCUGAGCUGAGGAAGACAGUGAUUGGCUGCCUGAAGCGGGCACAUAAGGCCAACAUGAGGUCAAUCUCCUUCCCGGUGAUGGGCAGUGGCAAGCAGGGAUACCGUCUGGAGGAGGUGGCAAAGUGCAUGCUCCAUGCUGCCAUCUCAUUCAGCGAGCAGCACAAGUUCUCCACGCUGCAGCUCAUCCAGAUUGUGACGCUCAGCACGGACAGCGCUGUCGUUCCCAUGUUCCAAAAGGAAAUCUUUUUCCUGAAGAAUUCUUCACAAAGAAGCCCCCAUCAGGCCCGACACUGGAAACUGUUUCCUUUCCUUUAAUGAAGUGAGGAAUUGCUUGACCAAGUAAUUCACGCUGGAGGAAACAAAUGGGGUGUACAAGCUAAGAGAAGAUGAUUAAUUUGAUUUGCAUAUUUGUUGGCCAUUAAACAUACAUAUGCAGUAUAAAUCAUCUGAUCUUCAGCCUCGGUUCCUAUUACCUCUUGGUCCUAUUGGGUCCGUGUGUCUGCAUUAUUUUAUGUACCCCUAUUCUUCGUAUUAUCCUCGUUCAUCUUCUUCUUUGUGAAUUUCCACGGAUAAGUGGAGUUCAUCAGAAAAUUGUUAUCAGUAUCCAUGUUUAUCCACAAAAAUUGUGUUCUGGAUACGUUGAGUCAAUUUUGCGGAGAAAAUCAUGGAUAACAGAAUGUGCAAUGUUCAAAAUAAGAUUGACUCGAAAUCUUAACUCAAACUAUGUGUAGGCCAUUGCAGAACGACUUCUGUGCUCUGGUCCCUGGUCCGUGUGUCGUGACAUCACCCCGUGUAGUUGGUGGAGUUGAUGGUUCGUGUAGUAAGUGGAGUUGAUGGUUCGUGCAUAGGUGGUGCUGCAACGUGAGUGAACCGCUCAAGGAUGAUGCUGAUCUUCUUUUUGUUGCCGAUUUACUUGUGUGGCAUUUGGGAGUUUCCUCCUCAAAAUGCGCGCGUUCUCUCCAGGCACUCUGGUCUUCAGCCCUCGUGUGAAAUACUUAAUAAGAAAUGCAUAACGUGACCUGUGGUGGAAAAGUAGUUUUAAUAAUAAAUUCGGAUUGUGUUUUUUGUCAAAAGAAGUUAUGAAGUUAUGUUCCAAAGAGCAUCACCAUAUUCUAAUCAAGUAAUGAAUAAUACUAUUUUUUUCAACGAAAGUAUAAGAUCAUAUGAUUAUUUUUUGCCUCUCUCUGUAAGAUUCCAGUGACACCCACUUCUGACUAGAUAUUUUUUUACAUAUAAAAAACUAACACACUAAACUGUUAAUUGAAUCUUCUGCAAAUAAUUACACAGUAUGUUUUAUGACAUCACAAAAUAUAAUAAAUGUAUAGUAUGUUCUUGUUGAUGUUAUAAAUUUAUGAAAAUAUUCCACAAUAUCUAUCAAUUCCGAUUUCUGUAUACUUCAUAAUUGAUGGUAUUUCAUUGAGACACUUUAAGAUCCUUCGAAUGUUAGUUUGGUAUCUUGAUAAACUCCCAAAAAAAUUGCAGUGCUUUAGAAAAAAAUGUGUUUGUUAUGCUUGGUAGAAAAUUAGUCACUUUUAUUGAAUCACUGCUCUUUGUAAUCGCUUGUGAUCUGGAUGGAGUAGAGAGAUUAAAUUAUGGGGAUAAAAGUGACGAACAUUUGCCUCAUUCCUCAAUGCACACACUGCCUUAAGAUGGCCGAUUGUUCACAGAUGCAUCCCCAGGAUAAGCAAUCGGACCACAAGUUCAAAUCGCAGUCAGGGGGUACACUCAACUCAUAAGCUAGCCCUCCAAGGGUCAUUGAAAUAAAUACCACCUUGUGGGCAGUCAAUAGUCGUCCUAUGGGGAGACUUUGUCCCGUUAAAGGAAUGUGGAAUUCCUGCCGCUUUCUCAGGACCACCAACGAAGUCAAGUGCUGCCUGAUUGAGCAGGAAGGCACACGUUGAUGUGCCUUGCAUCAUUGGAAGAUGCUGGCCAAGUGGGAAUACCAUGAAGAUGAGGAAGGCUACAUUAAAAAAAGGAAUGCAUAGUUUUUUUGAAUUAAGAAAAUCGAUGCCAGUUGUAUGACAUGAAAUUGCAAUUGCGGAAUAUUUACUGCUGUGCCAAGCGUAGUCGGUCCGCAUUGCUUGUAGUCGUAUCGAUUUAUAUCCUUGAGGCUACAAUCAGCACUAUUUGUUUGCUCGUGGGCUUUACACAAAGGGAUUCUCCGCGUGUGGCUAUUGCCGUGUCGGCCGUUGUCUUGUGUUGAGUUUGUGUUGAGUUUAUUUCCAUUGUACAGGGUCACAGCCUGGAACGCUUGGGUGAGGAAAUGAGGGAUCUCUAUUUUAAGGAGUAAUAAGCCACGAACGCAGCUCACUCAAACAUCCAGGUAUACACUCAUAGAGAGAGAGAGUCAUCUGUGACACACGCAGAUACAUUCAGCCGUUUGCAUACAACCCUUGAACCCAGGACUGAAGACCACUGCCAGUUAGGCAUGUGUGAGUGUCCACCUCUGCAAGGACAUGUGAAGUGGAAUCAAGCUAGACAGGCAUGGACAAUAAUAAUUACAUACAUUGUGUGUGUGUGUGUUUUAGUUUAUCGUACACUAUGAUACAAUUUGUAUUAAUGUAGCAUUUAAAUGCGAAUGUGUCUCAAGCCGCCGUCCAAAAUCAUUUAAUAUGCAUUAUGGGGACCUUGAAUCUUACACAAUAUUUUUUUUUUAUGGUAAGGAUGUGAUUGAACACGCUUCAUACAGAAAAUAAUCUAGGAUGUACACUUGGUAUUUCCAACAUUCUUACAGCGCAAGGAUAUCACGAAAGCGCUGUUUCACAGUCACAACCUGUAGUAGUUUCACAGUCGGGGCAACAUCGCUAUGCGUAAUCUCAACCGAGUAAUUUCCAGGUAACCUUUUUAAGCUUGGCACACAAUGGCCCACGACAAAUGACAUCGAGGGAUAUUUAAUGUCCGCUGUGAAGCAGGCGGCGAUACAUUUUACGGUCGAUACGCGGGGUCCAAUGUCACCGAAAGCCCAAACGUAGAAGACAUUAGAGGCAGAGGAGAAUGGCAAAAGGGCUUCAGGACUGCCCGCGUGGAGGGAAUUUCGAGACCACGGUAGCAGCAAUGGGUUGGAUAUUUAACAGAAGAAGGAGACUUUGGUUUCUCGAGCAGAGAGAGGAAAGGUGUGACACAGUUUGUACUGAAAACAUGUUUAAAAGCGACUGCAGUUCCACAAUCUUAUACCAUUCGUUAUUUCAGUCGUGGAGAGAGAUUGGUGAGUUUCAUGGUGAAGUGGGAAGGUUAGAAAAGGCAGAGUGCUGGGGAAUUAAGACGUUUUGUGUCUAUGUUGUAUGUUAAACUUCCAUACUUGUCAAACCCAUACGGCUUACCACACGUAUUCUUGUACAAGGAAAUUGAGUUUACAGGUCCAUACGGCGUACAGCUGUUUCAAUACGGGAAAAAACAAUUGUCUAUUUGUGUUUCUCCCUUGUGAUGGGGCUUUGUAG